GUAGAUGACAGCGUUAAGAGCAGGCAGAGCCACUUCGCACAGGACAGACGCCACUUUCCUGUGGUCUGACAGCUGAGGGAAACGGUGCAGGAUGACGAUGAUGAAGCCCGACAGCAGCAGGAUGAGGUACACGGCCAGUUUGCCAGGGUGAAAUUCCAGAUGCCUCGGCCCUCCCUCCCUCGGUGUGGGGCCAGCACACGAGAGAAAAUCUGAGCUGCAGCAAAGUGAAAGAAGGAAGCAAAGAAGCUGGUCUGAGCUGCAGCUUUUCACAGCUUCGUUCAGCUCUUCAGUCUCCGUGUUGCAGACGUUAAAUCAUGGUGGCCAACGACCUCAACAUGAAAUCUGACCCUGCGGCGUCUCCACCUCCUGCUGAGCGCCGUAGCCCCUUCAACAGCAUCAAGUUCUUUGUGUUUUGCCACAGUUUGCUGCAGCUGGCCCAGCUGCUGGUGUCAGGCUACAUGAAGAGCUCCAUCUCCACCAUCGAGAAACGUUACGGCCUCUCCAGCCAGAAGUCUGGGCUCCUGGCCGCCUUCAACGAGGUGGGGAACACAGUCCUUAUCGUCUUUGUGAGUUUCCUGGGCAGUCGAGUCCAUCGGCCGCGGUUCAUUGGCGGUGGAGCUCUGCUGGCCUGCCUCGCCUCGCUGCUGAUGGCGCUGCCGCACUUCCUGAACGGGCCGUAUGACUACACCGGCCGCAUCAGCUCGUCCAGAGAUAACACCUCAGGCAUCUGCCUAUCAGCAAGCCCCUUCACCACCUCGUCCUCCAAUCAGAGCUGCAGCCAGCAGGAGAGCCACGCCCAGCAAGGUGUGUACCCUCUGCUGCUGCUGGGUCAGCUGCUCCUGGGGAUCGGAGCCGUCCCCAUCCAGCCCUUCGGCAUCUCCUACAUCGACGACUACGCCAGCAAAAGGAACUCACCGCUCUACCUCGGCAUCCUUCUCGCUGUGACCUCCAUCGGCCCGGCUUUCGGCUUCAUCACCGGCUCCCUCAUGCUGCGCUUCUACGUCGACUUUGACAAGUUAUCCAAAGAUGAGAUCAGGCUGAACCCCAAAGACCUGCGCUGGGUGGGAGCUUGGUGGCUCGGCUUCCUGGUGGCCUCCUGCCUCCUCUUCCUCACCGCGCUGCCUUACCUCUUCUUCCCCAGAAACAUGCCCAAAGAGGACGGCUCAGACGAUGUGGAGUCCACACCGGACUGUAAGCAGCAGCAGCAGCAGCAGCAGACAAACACCCAGGAACUGUCCCUCCUUCAGUUCCUCAAAAGUUUCCCUCGUAUCGCUCUCCGGACGCUGCGGAGUCCCAUCUACCUGCUGGUGGUUCUGGCACAGGUCAACCUCGCUGCGCUGCUGGCCGGCCUCGCCACCUUCAUGGCCAAGUUCAUUGAGCGACAGUUCAGCCAGACCGUCUCCUUCUCCACCAUGAUGAUUGGAGGCGUUGGUAUCCCGCUGGCGGUGCUCGGGACCGUCCUGGGCGGAGUUCUGAUGCGAAGGUUGAAUCUUUCGGUCAGUGGGGCCAGCAAGUUGUGCACCACCGCCAUCCUGCUCUGCAUGUUCUCCGCCACGCCACUACUGCUUAUUGGCUGCUCCACCCAGAAGGUCGCCGGGGUCUUUCCUCCCAGCUCUGAUGCGUUGUCGUGCAGUUCAGGCUGUCGGUGUCCUCAGGAGGCAUUUAACCCGGUCUGCGGGUCGAACGGGGUCGAGUACAGGUCUCCCUGUCACGCCGGCUGCACCACCAUGGAGACUGACUUUGACAACAAAAUCACAAACUACACUGAUUGUCGGUGUGUCAGCUACGCCUCUGCUGGGACCUGUGGCAGUGGAUGCUCCCAUCUCCUCCGGCCCUUCAUGGUUCUGCUGGGUCUCACCAGCUUCGUCGCCUCCUUCUCCCAGACCCCGUCAUACAUGAUGAUACUCAGGACGGUGCCCACAGAGGACAAGUCGUUUGCAGUGGGAGUUCAGUACAUGUUGUUCAGAGUCCUCGCGUUCAUGCCGGGCCCAGUGCUGUACGGCAGCGUCAUCGACACCACCUGCAUCCUGUGGGGCAAAAAGUGCGGCAAGCAGACUUCCUGUCUCUACUACAACCUGGACCGCUUCAGACAGAGGUUCCUGGGUCUGCAGGUGGUCUUCGUGUGCGGGGGGCUCCUCUGCUUCCUGCUGACCAUCGUGGUCCUGCGACGGCGGGCCGGACGUCAGGAACCAGAGCCAGGCAGUAAAGGAGGGUAUGAGCUGGUGAACGACCAGAAACCAGUGGAGAACACUUCGUCUAAAGAGAAAGAAGUGAAGGGCGUCAAGACCUGAAGAGACGCAACGAGAGGACUCGGGGAGAAAAAGUUUUCUAAGAAGGUCAGAAAGGACCGUGGACGCUGCUUCUCAGUGUGUGUUGAGUGUUUCUCCUGACUUUCAUGUAAAGAACCAAUCGGCCGAUAUAACAAGGCUGAGAUGCUUUUUGAUAUCUUAUUUUCAUACAUUCCAGCACUCUACAUGUUCAGCUAACAUUUCUAGUGGGAUAACUGGUGUGUUUGUACAUAUUUUGCAUAUAUUUGAUACGUGAUGAUAUAUAUAUAUAUAUACAUGUGUUUUUAUAAGAUAUAGUGAGUCCAGCCACCUCCUGCAGAGGUUUAAUAAGCUGCAGUUCCUCUAAUGGCCACUGGAUGCUGCUUAACCUGGAACCUGACUGUGUUGAUGUGAAUGGGAAAAACUCCCGACUUCCUCUGCCAACACAAAGUCAGGACACUGUGAUGUUUUGGGGGUGAUUUCCAUUGUUCAAAUUAUUUUUAGCCCUGUUAACAGCAUGGCUCCGGAGAUGGUCAGUCGGUCCAUGUUGGUCCACACUGAAAUAUAUCAACAACCAUUGGAUGGAUCUCCAUUAAAUUUUUUCUGGGUGUUCAUGGUCCCCACAGGAUGAAUCCCACAGACUUUGGUGGUGGUGAGUUUUCAGUUAGCACCACCUUGAGGCCAACUAAUGCACGGAUUGUCACUGAAUUUGAUUCAGACGUUCGUCUUACCUCAGCUUUACCUUGCCCUUAAUGCCAAUUAGCAAAUGUUAGCAUGCUAACAUGGUAAACAGCAUGUUAGCAUUGUCACUGUGAGCCUGUAAGCAUAAGCAUUUCGUUCCAAGCACAGCCUCACAGCGCAGCUAGCAUGACUGUGGACUCUGAGUCUGGUUUAAAUUAAAAACAGACUGAGUCUCAAGGUGUCUUGGCCGGUCAGACUGAAGUGUGGGCGUUUCUACUGGUUUUUAUGUCUUCCAUUACUCAAACUGAGGCUCUGUGACUCCAGUAAUGGACAGAGAUGGCUUCAGGUGUAUCUCAGAGCAAUGAGGUGGCUUUGGUGCAGCGGCCACAGUUGGUAUUGCAGGUCACAUGACCCGCACUGUCCACUUUGGACAAUCAUUGAAUAAGAAAAGGCAGUAAAACCAUGGGUUGACUCCACAAGGUCCAAAAAUAAUAAGAGCUGCAUCAGUAAAUUACGUUCACGCGUCAACCAAAGAAGGAAUCUACAGCUCGUGCUCUGUGGGUCCAAAACAUGGAGGCUUGAAGACGAUUUUCGGAUACCUGGAUUUUAACACUACGUCUAAAACCAAACGCCAUUCUAAAGCUUUAGAAAGCUGUGGGAGACGUCACAGACACUGUAUGUAUGAUUUCUGAGAUGUGAGAGGAAACUGAAUGUGUUGAAUUUAAAAGCCAAAAACAGAAACAUCUGAAAGGUUUUGGUUUUAUUUUUAGGACCUAAACAUCCCUAUGAACAUUAAUCUAAGUUGAUAAAAGCCUUUAAAAUGUGAUGACUCUUCUGCAGUGACAACACUUUUUAUUGAUCUUAUAUAAUUUUGUACAAAUGUGAAAACUGAGCUUUUACAUAUAUGUUUUUAAACAAAGACGAUGUACAUAAACACUUAAAAGAGAUUCAUUUUUAAAUAAUCAUCUAUACAUUGACUGAGUCUUUUAAUACAAACUCACAGACGCUGAAGUCCUCAAAGAUUUUGUAUAAAAAAUUAUAAAUAAAGAGUCUUCAGGAUUUUGGGGCUUUGAACUGUAGAAGACAAAUGUUUCUAACUGAGAAUGUGUUUUUCUUCUGAACAGUGAUAUUAGCAUUGUUUUCUGUUACUCUGAGCACAAACUAAAAAGUAGACUUUGAAAAGAAGUGGAAGAAUCUGAAACUGAAAAUUCACAAAAACAAGAAGAAAUCAGUGGUCAGACUUUUAUUUCCUCUACUCUGAGUGAAUUAAACUGAUAUACUGUUCGACUGCUGCAUGUAAAAUAAGAGGAAUAUAUGUUCAAAGUGAGGAGCUGAUGAGAGGCAGGUCCAGGCAGCAGUGGUGAGAAACUCUGCAAAUUUCUAUGACAGUUGGAAACAGAAAUCACAAAAAUCUGCUGCAGGUUCAGACAUGUGCUGCAGAGAAAACGACAGAAACACUUUCACUUGGGGAUUCAGUCGUUUAUCUGCUUCAUACCAAACUCUAAUGAUCUAAUGACUCAGCUCACAACACAGUGUGAGCUCAGAGUGAAACAACUUGUUUGCUUCAUUGUUCUGCAGUGACAUCUUUAAUAAACCUGCUCAGUUAACCACUUCUCUUA